AUGUUGCGAAGGCCCUGGGUAGUCCUUCCUGUCUUGGGGGUCUUAGGUGGGCAUGCCGGAAAGCAACCUGGACUUGGCACGUGGAGUGUUGCUUGCUUCCUGCUGCACCUUUCUCCUGUUGCAGCGGUUCAAAUCCACAGCGAACCUGCAUCGCCCCGUGAUGCUGUUCUUUCUGCUGCCAGAGCUCCAGACCGCCAGAUUGCUGCUCCUGCUGGAGCCCACUCUCACCUGCAGUCCAAGUGGCUCCUGACUGGUGACUUCGGGGAUGGUCCUCUCUGGUUAUCACUUCCGUCCCCUAACUCGGUCUUCCUUAUAACUUGCCGUCUUUGGCUGCCAGGCUCCGAUGUGCGCCUUGAGUUUUCAAGCACCGAUCGGGCCCGUGAUGUGUCUGCGGAGCUGUACCGCCAAGCCAUUCGACUUGGACGAUCUCAGAUUGUUGCGGCGUCGGUCGGGCUUACGCUUGAAGCUGUUCACCUUGUGUCCCUGCCAUCGCACCCGGAAGCAAUUACGGUCCUUUUUGAUCUAGGCAGGGAGGUUGUUUGCAGCGAACUUCCGUUCGACUAUAGUCCGAAUCAGGUUAUUACUGCCGCUCAGGAAGCAGCCUCUAGCAGUGACAUCCAAAUCUUGAAAGGCCUGGCACACAGACUUCGCCACGGUGAUGUCAUUCGGGUGAUUGUUAACUCCGAGCAACGUACGCUUGAUGUCUCGGCGUUCACUCUCCCGCCUCAUGUCGCCUCCGCCUCUCGGUGGCUUCGGGAGUCGAGGGUGGUGUCCUUCCUUCAUUCCGUUGAAGGGGUGCUCUCUUUCGAGGUUCCGCGGUCGUACGCCCUUGACAUCACUGUGCUGAGCACCCUCCUGCAGAGUGUCAUCCCUGGCCGUCAUGUCUUUGUUGAGAUCCCUGGGGCGGAUGCCCUCCCACAUGCAGCGUUUUGUGUUGCCCGUCCGGGCCAAGACUGUGUUACUUAUCGCCUGACUGAUGCCUCUGAUCCUUCCGCUGCAGGCCUUUUUCUAGCCUUUGCUGGAGUUUUCGAGUCCUUCCCUGUCUUUCUCGACAGCCUUCUUUACAGCAAUCGCCCUGCAGCUGUCUUGCUACGUCGGUUGCAGCCUUUUGGCUUGUCGGUGCUGUCCUGGGAAUGUACCGUUAUCCCCGGACGAGGGGAUUGGGGACCUUUGCCAGACCGUUGCCCAGCUCUUUCCUUUGCUGGCCAGUUUUACCCGCCUGGAGCUCCCUUGCCCGACUUCCCCUCUGGAGCUGUCAUUCAGAUCAUCAUCGUCGUGGCCCUGCUCUGGAACCGGCCAUCCGGCUUGACGGGCGUGGUAAUCAACUUGCUGCUGGUAACGGUACCGGUCUCGACCAUGCCACCGUUUCCCGGGUUCAUCUACUGUCCCGUGAACUCUCUUUCCAUACGUCACGACUGUGGGCUUUCCUCCCAAAGCACUUGCGCUGCCGCCUCGGCCCCGAACGUCGAUCUGCUUGAUAUCGGGGGUACUUCUGGAAGCCACAAGCUGGCUCUCCCGUCCUCCGUUAGCUGGUUCUUAGAGUCGUCUGAUGAAGAAGGUCCCCCUCCUGUCCAAGCUGAGAACAUGUCGGACGCUUCUGGGGCACCAGUCCCUUUCACCACUCCAGCGGGACCUCCUCCACCGGAGCCGGUGAACGCCCCCUUCCAGCCUCGUUUGCGCUACCUUCGUGCGGCCCGCCCUCUUGAGGAUUAUGCUCUGGGACUUUGGCCCUCCACUCUCGACAGGGAGCCGGCUGCCGAUGAGGAUGUUAUUCGCCGGGUCCAAGCUGAUUUGCUUGGACUCCAACGCGGCCUACGCACAUUUGCCGCUGCCAUCCCAUUGGGCACGCCCUUUUGUAUCCACAACCCCUUCACUGCCCGCCAGCAAUGUGACAUUGUGGAAUACUCUGCUGGGCCUGAACUUAAUCCCUUUGUCCUGUUUCAAGGCCAUGCACGCAGCCGUGGUUGGGCCGGGAUAGUCUUGCUCAUGCCGCAGCCCGAUGCCACAGCUGUGCAUCUAAUUGGUUGCCCCCAAGCACCGGGCAAUGUCGCGGUUGGUGUCGUCAUUGACGGACGCCUAAUUCCUUGCUGCCUUCCUGCAUGUGUAGCUUGCGCGGCGCUCCGAGCGCUUCACCUAGACGGCCAAGCAUAUGAUCUCCGACCUCCGGAAGUUCAUGAAGAAACCGCUGUUGUCCAAUUUCGCAACGGCGACUGUUUGGCGGCAGGGCGCCGUCCCUCCCGCCAGCUUCCCUCCCAGCAGGAUGUGCAAGCCGCCGCCGCAGAAACCUUGGGGCGUGGCACCGAUGCUGCAACCUCGGCCCCCGGAACUACUUCUGCUGCAGUCAGAGCCGCAUGGUUGUGGGUUGGGCUCGUUGUCACCUCCGCCAGGUCGCCUGGUGUGGCGCCUGCAAUGCUCGCUCUCUGUCUCUGGCACGCAGAGGUUCUAGGUAUGCAUAGGCCAGGUGGCUUCCCUUGGGGUAUUGAUCCGGUUAACCGGCGGUUCUCUGGCAUUACGAGUGAGGACCCGGUUGAAGUUGUCUUGCACAGCCCCUUUCUGGGGGUUUUUCCGCCCUUUACAGCCUCCCAGGACACUUGCCACACUCAGGCCUGGGCCCAGUUUCGCAAUGAUGACCCGGGUUGGGCGGCAGACUACUUUCCGGUCUGGCCGGGGCCCGCAUUCAAUGAACUUUCCGUCGUCCCUGUCGGCCAUGAUCCCGCCCUUGUCACCAUUAUGCUUGUCUGGGGAGGUCACCAUCGGGCCACACUCACGCCUCGAACUAUGACGGUUGCGUGGCUGACUUCCUUUGUUGCCCGUCAUAUCAACAGUGAAGUUGGUGGGCUUUCACUUCCCCACGGUUUGGCGGUUUGCGAAUAUUUUGAUAUCCCGCCUGCUGCUUUUCGGUUCCGCAAUGGGGACGUAGUUUAUAUCCAUGAUCCCCCAGCGGACCCUGAUGAGCCGUUAGAGUUUGUAGAGCCGUGGCACCUCCAGGAUGGACUCGCGGCACACCACGCUCCCUGGGCAGUGGGGUUCCAACUUAUGUUUCCGAUUUCGGUGCACUUGCUUCGUCCUGAGAAACCGCCACUUCUCACGAGCAUUCCGGCUGGCGAAUCAUGGUGUCCUGAAGCAUUUUCAUUUUCAGGGGACUUUAGACACCAAUUCCCUGGCUUUUGGACGCCGGUCCAGUGGACGAGUGCCCGUGCCCUGCAAUUGAUGGCGGUUAACGAGGUUGCAGCUAAGGUUAAUGUCGUAGCGGCUACUCCUGAAGGGCGGUUGUGCCGAUCGGUUGAUCGUGUUGUGUCUCGUGCCAGCCUCGCCGCUCAACUGAAGUUUUGCCCUGCGACGGUUCAGGUUGGCGGGGUCCCGCCAUAUGCCCUGGAGCAAGCGUGCGAACUCCGCAACGGGGAUGUUGUUUUUGGGGAGUUCGCUCGCGGUGGCUGUGCGACUGCCUCCUGCCGCCUAGGUUUGUGGCUAGGAACUGCACUUGCUUUCUCACAGCUGCCCGUAGCACGCCAGUUCUUGCUUGUCCUUGCUGUUGGCCUCUUUUAUGGUAGUCAUCCUGCGAGUUUCGGGGCCAGCGCUCUGCUUUUCAUGUCGCCCGCGGCGGCCAUGAUUCCACAGGCUCCUGCAACAUCCGUGGCAACCCCGGAUAUCCCUGCUGCCACUGUUAACCGAGUCACCCUCACUCUUGCCAAUCCUUUUGCACCCUGGCAACGUGUUGAGGUUGACCCCAGUAAUGCCUUUGAGGAGAUCAUUGCAGAUGCACAUCACACCCUGACGUCGUGGCAUCGGGGGUUUGUUGAAUCCGGGCUGGUGACCGAUGGUUCGCAUGUUCUGGUCCCGAGACCCGGAGGGAGGCUCACAUGCAUACUGGUCACGGGUCUAGGGCAGCUUCUUUGUGUUGUUGUGCCCUCCUUUCUUACUCCCCGCGAUCUUACCCAGGCCUUACAGCUGCGCUUUGGCCGCAGGGUCAGUGUUCACCUAUCGCCCGGUCUUGCUGCGUCAACCCGGGAUACCAGACCCGUGCUCGCUUUGCGCUCAGGUGACUUGAUAGCUGUACGGCUUUUCCAGUCGGACCCUUCAGCGGGGCCACGUGAAACGCCCGUCUUCCUGACCUGGGGAGCUGCGCAUGCCGCAUCAGCAUGGCAUUCCGACUUUAUUGUGGCACACGCCUCCUGUGUGCUGUUGUGGUCACCCAGCCGACCCGCUCGGGUCGCUCUCCUCCGACACCAAGCGCGGUGGAAUGCUGCCGAGGCCACCGUUUGCCAACACGAGGAUGCCUUGGGCGUAUACCGGCUACUGAGGAAGCCAGUGUCCGCGAUGGCGAUUGGUGGGUUCACUCCCUUGCAGCUGGAUUGUUUGGCCGUCGGAUGCCGCCUCGGCGGAGUCGCUCCCGUGGUCAGGCGGGGUGGCAGCCUGAUUGUACUGACGGUCAGCUGUGUUUUGCCCGCUGCUUUCCAGGUCCAAGGACCAUGGUCCCUGUUUGAAGCUGUUGGAUCCCGACACUGUGGGGCCUGGGCAACCCGCUUCUUCCCCGUCCGUGGGGCAUUUCCGUUUGCCCAAGUUACGCUUGCCCCGGUUGCUCCUUUCGGGAUGGCAAGUGUAGUCUUCCACACCCUCAGUGGCACUGCAGUUGCCUUAGCGUCGGUUGAUGCGUCGCUCGAGGACAUUCAGCGGCUGGCCGCCCGUCUCAUUCCCUGCACACGGUUUUGGGUUGUCAUUCCGCCUCCUUCCAUCCGCGCCGCUAAUAUGCACACGCACAUCCGCCUUCGCAACGGCGAUGCUUUUGGCUUUCUGCCUGACUCUUCUCAACCCGGUUCUACGCGGUUCCCUGCUCUGCACUACCCAUCCCUUGAUCGGGCGCGGCAGGUUGCCAGCUGGUCGUUGUCCUUCAGGUUUGACACCGGCGGCCCCGUCACCCUGUGGACAACCUCCAACCGUUUUGGCCAGUUGGUGUAUGUACGUGACAAUGCGUAUUGGGAUCCUCUAGGCCCCACUUUUCGAAGCUUAGGCGGAGAGACCCUAACAGGUUCCUGGGUACCAGUCCUUACAGGUGACCUGUCGGACCUACAUCUAAUGUCCCGCACCUCAAUUUCUGAAGCGCAUGUGCUCUUCCUUCUGCCGCCAGAGCAGACACCGGUGGGGGUCUUCCUAGCCGGCUGCAACACCCACCGCAUUCCCUUGGGCUGGCAACUGUUACCUGCCAUUCGUUAUGGGGACGUCUUGGUUAUCGCCCCGACUGCUGAUCUUGUUUGGGACCCUUUCAGCAGUUUAGAUGAUGUGCAGCCGCAGAGUGCCCAGCACACUUGGCAUCAAUCUCUGACCUCUGCCUCGCCUGGCCCUACGGCUCUGCUAGGCUUUCUCGCGGUUUCGGUGGGUCGCGCUCCAUGGUGGUUAGGGCUUGCCCUCGGGGUUGUGCUAGGGUCUGGCAUGGUGCCAUCUUACGAGCUCCCCGAUCCGCCCAUCCGAGUCGGGCUGUACCCAUGGCGCGCGCGUCCAGGUGAAGGCGACCUCCUCGAUCUUUCGGUCCGCCCUGAAUUGGAUAUUGUUCUGCUUAGUCCUUUCACAGGGCCUCGGGAGGCCGGUCGUCUGUACACCUCCGCUGCCAUUACGGAGCUUCACACUUUGACGCAGGCCUGUGAGCCGGCAUGGGGUGCCGAUGCUGUGCCUGUCUGGCCGACUGCCGCCCUUCCUGCCUUGUUGGUCGUUCCUCGACCCCCUGACCCCAGCCUCGUGUGCCUGGCGGUGUCCUCGUUGGACCGGCAUUUCUCUGUCCUGAUUCCCUGCUCCUCCACCCUGUCAUGGUUGGGGGAGGCUCUCCGUUUCCUUCAACCCCUCCAGGCGCUCUCCCUGCGGGCACCUAGCUCCUUGGCCGCGUCGACGCCCCCUGACGGCGUUAUCCGAUGGCGUUCAGGCGAUCUUGUUGUCGCCCUGCCUCCGGCAGCCUUCGAGCCUACCUACCAGCCCCCGUGCUUCCACACUGACGCACAGGUUCGGCAUUGUGCUGUCUGGGCCGUCGACUUUUCGGUCUCUGCCCGGACAAACUUUAUACUCUGGCGCCCUGGGGUCCGUGCAACCCGGGGACAUGCACCCGAAGGGGCACAGUGGCGGGCCCUCGACUUUACAUUUGCCGGGGAAUUCUGUCAGCACUAUCCUGGGCGUUGGGUGCCGGUACCAUGGAUUGCCCAAGAUCAUGCCCAUUUAGUUGUGGUGUCCGAGGACCCGACAUAUGUCAAUGUUGUCAUUGAAGCUGACGGUAAGUGCUGGUGUGCACCAGUCACUGCCGUGACGGACGCCUGGCAGUUAUGGACUGAUGUGCCCUCAAUCCCCACUCAGCCACGAGUGCUGGGGCUUUCACACCAGGAACUGCGCCAAGGCACUGUCCUCCGCAAUGGUGACGUUGUGUCAGGAGCUCCCAAGGUCGCCCCGCUAUCGGGUGGCGUUUGGGUUCUCCUCGCUUUCUUUCUCUCUGCCCGAUUUCUACCGACUUUCCCGAGCUCCUUGGUUCUGCUUGCUGGCUUGGUUUUCGGAUGGCACCAUGAGGCUGUUGGUGCCCGACACCUUUCCAUCACAGUUGGCCUCGCUGCCGCCGGGCAGUGUCACGUUAGGGCAGCUAGGAUGCAUGACACACCUUAUCCUGUAGGGGAAUGUCACCGCCUCUGGGAGCCCUCCGGCUCUGUGUCAGGGCCGUUUUUUGGUCCUGUUGAUCGCCCGCCUGAGGAGUUGCGUCAUGCUGCUGUUGCGUGGUCUGACUUUACUCAAGUCCUGCCACCUCAAGAUCCUCGCAUAGUUGACUGGGUACCUGUCCCUUCGGAUCCACUCUUUGUUGUUGUCUUGCUUCAGUGCCCGCCUGCGACUCGAGCCGCAAUCUUGCCAGCCACCUGUCAUGCUGCAGACCUUAUCCGUGCUUGUCGGCGGUCGGUUCCUGAUUUAGCUUGUGUUUUAGCCUCGCCUGAAAUCUGGUGUGGCACCGCCACUUCCUUUACCCCAACUCUUUUCCUUCGGUCAGGGGACGUGCUGACCCUGGCAUGUGCCGGCUGGGUUCCACGCCUGCGCUCUCCCAGUGGCCGCUAUUGGGAUACCUUCUAUCAGGCCCGUAAAUUUGCAUUUUGGGGUAGCCCCUUUCAGAUUCGUAUGCCGGGCCUUCUGUUUGCGUGGUCGGCCGGUGAUCCUGUUCCCUUGACGGUUCACACCGUUCAAAAUGAAGUGUGGGACCCGGAACACUGCACAUUCCGUCCCUCCUUGGCCCGGUACAGUGUUGACCGUUGGAUCCCGGCGGCCCGUUGCGAUCUGCUAGGCCUCCACCUUGUCCCUGAGAGUCUUAAUCCGCAUCGUGCACAUGUUCUGCCUAUGCAGCCACCCCUUCGGUUGUUGGAGGUCUCCCGUUACAGCACGCGGGGUCUGAUUCGGGAUGGUGAUAGCGGCUCUCUUGGUAGCAGCGCUCCCUCCCCCCGUCUUCUGCUGUGCCUUGUUGGCCUUCUGCUGGCGCGGAAUGCAUUGCCGCUCUGGCCCAGUGGAGGGGCUCUCCUUUUUGCAGGGGCCUCUUUCGGGGCGUUUCCCUUCAGUGGCACCCUUGUCUUACCGGCUGUUUCUCCUGUUGCGAUGCCGGUUUCUGCUCAGAAUCUUCGUGUGGUGUCGCCCAGGUGGCCGCCGAUUGCGCCAAGCCGGGGUUCUUUUACCGUUGUCGGGGGACCUCGCCGUGGCGGAGCGCUGCCCUUUUGGCUUGCUGCCCCUGAGCCAGCUGCGAGGCCUGUUGCCCAGACUGCUCCUGUUCCACCGGCAUGGUCCGCGUCCUUGCUUGACUGUUAUGGCCGUGCGUGGGGAGCGCCGGCCGAUGACCGCGACUUCGAUGGUUCUCCCGCGACUCCGGCGACUCAUUGUCUCGAUUUGCAGGACGCCGGGUAUCAUUAUGCCGGCUUGGCCGCACAUUAUCUGUUUAAGCCCCUUCUCACCGACCUUCCUUCGUCACUUGCUUCCCUGCUCCAUCAGGGAUGGUGCCGGUUUCCCCGUUGGCCAGGCGGUGUUCCGGACGAAGUGUUCAUUGCCACUGAUGGUAGUGGGUUAGGCAAGGGAGGUUGGGCCCUAGCUGUGUGGGUCUCGUGGAAGGGCAAUUGGUACCGCCUCGGCUGGGACGCCGGCAGCCUUGCCUCUACACCGUGGCUUCCCUCGUUUCCUGCAACCCAUCUUGACCUUCGUUCUUACCUGGGGGAGCUGAGCGCUUUAGUGUCUGCUGCCGCAUGGUUUACGGUGUGGUGGGACAACAUGCAGCUCCUGACCGGGAACGCGCCUGCCAGGAUUACCUUAGCUGUUGACAACAGUGCAGCGCUUCAAGUCGCAGGGGGCCAUGCUUCGGCGACAACGCCGCAUGCCCGUGUCUGCCGGGCUCUGUGGCAGUCGAUCCAGUCCCGAUGUUCGACGCACUUCAGGCAUGUGCCAGGCCAUACUGGCAACCUCGUCAAUGAAAUUGCCGAUGCCUUGGCGGGGUACGGAACUGCUCAUGACCGUUGUGCGUCUGUCGGGUGGUGCCGUCUGCCGACUACAUUUGGGGACUCACUUUUAGAGUGUGCCCCGCUCAUGUGGCUCUUGCCGCAAGCUCGCCUGCAAGAAGGCCGGUUGUGUUGGCGCUCACCGGGAUGGGUUGAUUGCCCCCGCACUUCCAUUCAAGAGCCCCCGCAGAUACAGCCGCAGGUGCGGCAAGAUGACGAGCAGGUCAAGCCUCUUCGUACCACUGUCACUCUUGUGCAAGCCAACAUCCAGACAAUUAAAGAUGUUGAUGUGUCCUUCUUCAAUAGGGAUGGACACGGGCAGCGCCGCAUCUACCUGGCUAAACAACUUCGAGCUCUGGGGGUUCAUAUUGCCUUUCUUCAAGAGUGCCGCAGCCGCCCGGGCCGGUGGUCCUCCCACGGCUUUCUCAGCUUCCGUUCGGGAGCCGAGAAAGGGCUGUUCGGGGUCGAAAUUUGGAUCCGCCCCGACCUGCUGCACCCUGCUUUGAGUCUGGACGACUUCCGCAUCCGUUUUGCCAGCCCGAAAAUUCUGUUAGUGCAGUGUCAACGCGCUGAGCUCCCGGUUACUCUGGUUGCAGCCCAUGCACCUCAUGCUGAGAGGCCGGACGCGGAGAUUCGGCGGUUUUGGCAUGAUCUCAAGACGCAACUUCUUCCUGCCUGCAAUCGCGGUACUGUUCUGCUAGGUAUUGAUGCGAAUGCUGACUUUACGGGCCGUGAUGAGGAAGAGACCCUUGUUGGCGACCUUCUUAAUCUCCGCCCCGCCAGGCUUGGCGACGAUCUCCUUCUGGCCUGUGCUCAUGAUACGGCGCUGGCUGCCCCUGGCACUUGGUCUGAGGUCUGCACUGGACCCACUUGGACCUGGCAGCACACAGGCGGGAAGACCCAACGCUUGGACCACCUGCUUAUUACCCAUGGCACUCGGGUCUCUCAGUAUCGCCAAUUUCCUGAAUUUGACAUCUUGAAUGGCGAGGUAAAAUGCAUCCGCGCUGCCCCUACUCGGCUGACUCUGGUGCCGCUGUCGCUGAAGCUGUCUGGGACGCUCUUCACCAGUCCACACCUGGUAGUAGUGCGGAGAGAGUUCAGCAACUUUGUGCUGCCCACGCCCAUGCGAUCCGCUGCCUUCCUGCCCGGCCCCCUCUUCAAAAACGGCAACCUUAUCUGUCUGAAGUUGCUGCCGGCCUUCUUGAAACUCUUCGUGAUGCACGGGCCGAGGUUAGGCGGCUUCGCACCCUCUAUCACCGGCAACUCUGUUUGGUUGCCUUUCGGACAUGGUGCUCAUGCACAGGCACGGCUUGAUAAGCAGGCCUACUUCGAAUCCAUGCUCCUCGGCGCAGUCGAUCACUGGCAUGCCACCGGGCGCCCUCUCGAGGCGGUGGCCAAGCUGUCUUGGGCGUCCAAAGGCAAGGCCCCUGGCCCGGACCACAUUCGUAAUGAGGCCGAGCCACUUCACUUUAAAGCUUCUACUGUGGGAGCUCUCCACAAAAAAGGCCCAGCUCACAUUCCCGCCAACUUCCGGUCCAUUGCCAUGCUGAAUGGAGUGGCUAAGUUGUGGCACUCCCAACUUCGGGCCACCCUGGGUCAGGAAGUUAUCGCUCAUUACUUUCCGACCCAGCUCGGGGGUAGGCGAGGCGUGGACACCGGCCUUGCCCUCACUGUCUUCCGCUCUGCUGUCGACUUGGCUUCCGUUCAUGGCCGGUCCUGGGCUGCCUUGUUUGUCGAUAUUCAGGCCGCCUACUAUGAAGCAGACCGAACCUUGCUUUUCCACGGUCGUGACCUUGAACCAGCUCUUGCGGGCCUGCAGCUGCCUCGUCAUGUUCAUGGCCUGAUUCAGGAUGGCGUCCUAGCGGGUCUCGGGGUUCCCGCUGACCAGAUUGCUCUCCUGCGUGACUGCGUUGAAUGCUCGUACUGGCGCCUUGUCGGCCAGCACCAGGCUAUCAUGGCAGGUCGAGGGUCCCGGCCCGGGGACGGACUGGCCGAUGUCCUGUUCGGAGCCUUGUUUGCAGUGAUUUUACAGUGCCUCCAUUUUGCGCUCAAGGCUGAAGACAUUGUUCAUGCCGCUUCCUCUGAUGCCCUUGGCCGACCUGAUGCAUCCCUUCAAAUCGCAUGGGCUGAUGACCUGUGCCUGCUUGUUGAUUUCAUCCGAGCCACUUGGGCUGUCUCGAAGUUGCGUCGCCUUUGCACUAUUGUUCUCCAAGUUUUCGAAGCCUUUCGGUUCCGCGUCAACCUUGGAGCAGGUAAGACCGAAGCGCUCGUUCACCUGCAAGGAGCGGGGGCUAAUGUUGCCCGCAAGGAUCUCUUAACCCCUGAGCCCCUUCUUGCCCUCAGUGAUGGGAGAGGCAUUAGGGUAGUCCCUGAAUAUAAGUACCUCGGGGUUGUGCAGCGCUGCCGUGACACUGGCCGACGGGAUGUCGAGGCCGCCGCCGCGCGUGGCAACUCUAUCUGGACUCAAGCCUCUGGACUUGUCCAUUCUGAGAAGUUGCCGUGGAUGCUCAAGUCCGUAUGGCUGCAGGGAAGGACCCUCCCUGCAGCGUACUCCUCCCUUGCCACUACUUUAGCUCGUUCUGAACGAGCCUGGGGACCCCUGAAUGGUUUCUACGACAAAUGCCUUCGCCAGCUCGUCGGGUCUUGGGAUGCUGGGCACCAUGUGGCCUCAGUCCAACUGCGAGCCUGUACAGGGGUUCUUGAUGUUGAAUGUGCUACGGUUAUCGCUCGUGUGCGCCUGCUCUGCCGCAUUGCCUCGGGCCGUUCCCCUGAGGUCUUUGAAUUGUUCCAAGCCAGCUGGGAUCGCGGCGGGGAAUGGUCUUCCCUCCUUGCUGACGCGGUGCGGCGUGUUUGGCCGGCCUGUGGCCUACCGGCACUCCAGACAGGCGAGCCUACCCUUCUCUGUGUGCGCCGGCAUACCAAAGAGAUCCUCUCGGCCUGUCGCCGGAUCAGUCGGUCCGGCACUAUGCUGCUGGCUCUCCAUCGGGCGUGGAGAAGUCAUGGCGGUCCGCCACCCAAGCGGGUGAUUGGUCUCGCGUCCCCUCACAUAUGCCCGGAGUGUGGUGUGACUCUCCCUUCGGCGCAUGCCUUAGCGGCCCAUGCCCAUCGACUUCAUGGGCGCGUUGCUCUGUGCACCCAGUACACGUUGGGGACGAUCUGUCUGUGGUGUAUGGUCGAAUUCCAUAAUGCUGCGCGUCUCCGGUACCAUCUUUUGCACUCACCGGACUGCGAGCACGGGCUUCGGUGCUGUGUGGGCCCUGUCUAUGAGUAUGGUACAGGCACCAAACGCCGCGGCAAACAGGGCCAUGCCAGGGCCCCGGUUUUCCGUGUUGCAGGCCCGUGUAAUGCUACCGCGGCACAGCGUCGUGCCGCCGAGGAGGGGCGUUGCUGCACGGACGAGGAGCUCGCUGCUGAGUUACGCACUAUCGCCCCUGGUCCGAGCUUCUCCGAGGGCACUCGCUCCUCUCCUGUUGUGCCCUUUCGCCGUGUUGGUGGUUACUCUACUCUUCCCCCUGGCGAAGAGGCUAGUACGAUCCCGUGCCCUGAGGUCUUGCACUCACCACAUGCUCCUGUUGCUUCCUCCACCGGAGCUUUGGACUUUGGUUCACCCACCACCUCGGUUCGGCUCUCUUCCGAUGACACCGCGGCUGCUUCUGCUCGGUACCAGACGCAUCCAACGGAAAGGUUCUGCACUGUCUAUUGUUUCGACGAGGCCCCUGGCGCCUCGUCGUUCUGCGCCCCCUCUUGCCGGUGGUGUGCGGUGCCUCCCGCCAUCUGGUGUCUCCCGCCAUCGUGGGCGCGGUGCUGGAAGCUCUUUCUUGCCCUUGAGUCGCUACACCCGUGGGCAGCUGAGACUUGGAGACUCUCUGCCUUUCUGCGCCAGGAGGAACGCCCCUCUCCAAGCGCCACACUCGGAUGCCUGACAUGCUUUGAGCAGAUCGCGGCACAGCGGAUCCUUUUCCUGCGGAGACUGCUCACCUGUCUCCACUUGCUUCGUCAGAUUAAGGCUGGAGCUGCUCUGUGGUGCGCUGUUCCCUUGCCUGGCGCCUUCUGGGAACUUCUGCGCCGUGUCGUACCUCACGCUGUGGGUACAUCGGCUGUCGCCGUGCUUGGUUUUGGCACUGUCGUUAGCCUCCCUGCGGUCGCCCCGCGGGCUCUUUCCUCUCUUGCCUCGGGCUGGCUCUCUUUGGCCUCUCCCCGUCGCUUGGCGAUGCCGCACCAGCUUCCCUUGUAG